UAAUAUGAAUUCAUAACAAGAAAGGCAUUUUUAUUUUUUACUUCUUUACUAAUAAAUAAAAACAAUUUGAAGUACAUAAUUCUCACAUAGUAAUAAUGUUUAACAUGCUAAACACUUACCACUUUGGAGUCUGUUGAUUAUGUUAUUUUAUUUUAAAUUAGCGGACAUAAUUUAAUAGCUUUGUAAUUAAAAAACGUAGAACAUGCAAACAUUAUUUGUGUUUAGCUAAAUCAGUAAUGCUUACAUUUUUAUGUGAACUUCAUUAUUGGACAUUGAAAAACGAUCUAGCUGUUGAAAGUACAGAUUUCAGUCAUUUUAGAUAUAAUGAAAAAAAAGAAACGGAGUCUUCGACAAACAAAAUUAUUAAAAAAAACUACACGGAAGGUCGUGGAUGUAAUUGGUCACUAUCCAACAAAAGACCGAAAAAGUUAAAAGACUCGUUAAAAGCAUUUGAGACUGAAUUAAAUGAACAUCACUUAAUUGCUGUGGAAUGGUUGAAAAAAGAUAAAAUUGCAUUUGUUUUUAAUAAUGGAUCUACAACAUUCAUUACAUUUGAUGCUACCACUUGUGAUUUGAUUGAGAUUGUUAGUGAUAAAUUUCUUCAAUCCAAGUUUUCAUAUCAAUCGUUCAUUGACAUUUCGUACUUAAAACAAGUUCUCCUCUGCUCAUUUUCCGAUCACAAGUUGGGCAUAGUACAUUUUGGACGUCCAUUUGAUAACACUUCAAAUAAAUGGUCGUUGCUUGAACCAAAAGUUGGGUUAUUCGAUUUCAAUAACCACACAGUUAAUCGUAAAAAUGAGCGUAAGAUUACUGUUAACGUGUCUGCUACAGUAGUAGCCACUUGGUGCAAAUCAACUGCAAAUGAAGUGUACCCGUGGAGUCCUGUUGUAAAAGAUGAAGACAGAGCCAACAUACACGUGUACAAAAUCAUUGGGCCUCGGUUGGAAUUAUGUUGUUAUCAUCGUACAAAACAAGAUCCACUCAUUGUAACUUUUAGCAAAACUAUAUCAAAUAUUUUAUUCAUAUUAGAAAAAAAGGAUAUAAAUGAUCCACAAAUUGAAUUCAGUACAUUUGAAGUGACGAAUACAAAAUUGCACUUAAUAAACACAGUUACAGUUAGUCCGUUUGAUUGGUGUUCUGCUUCUAUCAUCAAUGUAUGGUUAAAUGGUGAUGACACACGAUUAUGUUUUUCUUAUGACGAUUCCGUAUUAUUUCUUCAUGAUUUUAAACUUUCAAUCACCUGCUCUGUAAAAACUGCCUUUCCUGUUGAAUUUUUGGAUUGGCAUCCUGAUGGAAACAUAAUUGCAGUAUCAGACAAUAGCGGCAGGAUACAAUGUUUUGAUUCAUGUUUAUCCCAAAUUUCUAUAAAACCCUUAACAGCAGACGCCGCAGCUACUAAUUCAGCUACUUACUUAAAUGUGCGAUCUAAAGUUGGCAGUAAAAAAAUAAUUCAGUUGAAAUGGUUAUCCCAUCAUGACACUGCAAGAUACACCGCAAACCCGUGUGAUUCAGUUCUUCAACUGGUGUUUGAAAAAGGUCCGGUUGUUUCGGUUAAAUUACUUGGAGCCGGGAAGUUAACAGCAGAUCUCAUAAUUUCUAUGUAUUUGACUAACAAUGAAGUAGACUGUGCACUCAAUUUUCUUCUGGGACUCGAUUGGCAUUGUAAUGGACCGUUGUGUUUAACGUGCUUGCAAAAAAUUACCAACUAUUUGUUUCGUUUACCUUUCACACCUAUCAGAGAAGUACAAAUACAAUCGGCAAUUGGAAGUUUUUUUCAACCCAUCAUUCCAUUAAGUGAUGAUAUAAAACAGGAAUAUUAUGAACCAGUUCGAAAUAUUGCCAGACGUUUUUUUCAUCAAUUAGUGAGAUAUGAGCUGUAUGAAAAAGCAUUUAGUUUAGCCAUUGAUUUAAACAAUCGAGAUCUGUUUAUGGAUUUGUAUUGGGCCACAAAGUCUGGAAUUGGAACCAGAGCAAUGGCCACAAUGGCUUUGGAAAAAGCAAAUCAAAUUAUUUCAUCCGAAUCUGAUGACUCCCAUUCCACUCAAUCGUCGUCCAAUUGUGAGUGCACCGACUGCCAUUCGAGUUCACGAUCGGAGACUAUGAGACCACCCCUACCAAUUGUUUCCACAACACUAUCUCCUCCAUUACUUCUUGUGCCGCCUGUGCCAGCCAACAAGACAUUUAAUAACAUUACAACAAUAAGCGUUCCCUAUGCCACUUCUAACGAAGAACCUAACAUGUCAACAAAUAUAGAACUACCCACUUCAUCAUUAGACAGUGUGCCACAUCUGAGGUAUCCGCUUGAACAGCAAUUACUGUCACAAAACAUUUUACAAGAAAGUUCCAAUCAAUCAACUCAUGCUUCAGCAAAGCCGCAAUCGGAUAAGACCAUUAAAGUAGUACAUUUUGGCAUUGUGUGACUUUUGUUCAUUUUUUUUCAUAUUUGUCACAAAAAUUACAUUUUCAUAAAAAAUGAAAAACAAAUAGGUUUCUUAAGACUGGAUAAUUUUUACGUUUGACCAUUUCGAUUUUUAAUAACUCGAUGAGUACACAUUGUUCUUAUCUAUUUAUCAUACGUAUGAUAAAACAUUGCAAUUAAAGCACAUUUUAGUAUUACAAGUAAUUACAUUUUAAUACCUUCUUUAUAAUUUUAAACUAACUAUAAUAUUCAAGUAUAAGUAUAAAAACUAACAAUUCCGUUGUUUAAAUAAAUUAAUUUUAUAGCAUGUUGACGCUAACAACCAUUCUCAUUUGCUCAUUUCCUAUGUGAUACAAGCACAGAAUAAAUGUGAUAAAUUUCAUUUAUUCUGUAAUAUAAGCAUAGAAAGCUAACAUUUUACUCUGUUUUGUUUAUAAAUGAUUUAUCACAAGUUUUAUUUGGUAAAUGGGGUAAAUUUGUUUUUUUUUUUUUAAUGACAUGUUUCAUAACUGUCUGUAUCUUAUUUUUAUCUUGCCAAAGUAAUUAUGUUAAUGCCAUAAUUGUAUUAUUUUCAUAUUUUUAUAUUAUUUAUAUUUGUUACUAAAUUAUUGAUUUCUAUUAUAAAAUACUAACAUUUUUAAUGUAUAAUAUGUUAUAAAAGAUCCAAUGACUUAUAUUAAUAAUCUUAUUAUAUUUGAUUGUUAUGAAUGGAUUGUUUUAUAAACCAGAAUUAUUCAAACUUUGCAUCGCGGCUCCCAGGAGCGUUGCGCUGGUUGAUCAGGCUAACUGUGUAGUUAAUGGAUUAGUACGGAUUAUACUAGAAAAUUAAGAGGAAUAUAAAGCGCCAUAUUUUAUACAAAUAGACUAAAACGUGAAGCUACUUUCAGAAGCAUCUACUGAACCAAUUUAAAAAAAAAAAAAAUGUUUUUGUACAAAGUAAACCAACUUCUCACUAUGAGGACUAAAAAGCCUAUUUUUUUAUUUUUGUUUUAAAUACAAUUUUUUUUAGUUAAUCUGAUUUCCUAAUAGCUAAAUCAAAAAUCAACUUUUUAGCCCUCAUAGAGAAACUAGAAAGUUUCACAAAAAAGAAAAAAAUUGAAACUGUCCAAUAGAUAUGUUGGAAUAUGACUUCUACAAGUCAUUUUUUAUCAAUCUUUUGCCAUAAUGUAGAAAAAAAACUAAAUUUUUUUUAAUUGAAAAUCUUAAUAUUUUUCAUCUUAAACUUAGUCAGCUUAUUUAAAAUGGCUAGUAGCUACAUUUUUGUCAAGAAUUGCUUUUCCUUUAGCACUUAAUAAAUAGCCCUUUUCUGUACACCUUAAUAAUUUGGGAGUCAUCGAGAUAUUGUAACGAUAUAAAGGAGCCGCGAGAUGAAAAAUUUUGAAUACGACUGUCAAAUUAUUUAUAAUAAUUCGAUUAUUAUGAUUAAUGAUGCAUAUUAUUUAUAAAUAAUAUGCAUGUGAUGAGAAUGUCAGAUGACAUAUUAAAAUGUUUGUUAUGUUAUUUUUCCAUAACAAUUAAUGUUUUAAUUGUAUAAUUUAAUUUUUAUAGAAAGUACGUACAUAAUAUUUAUACAGUUUUUUUUUUAAAUAAUAUAAACAAGUUACAAAAUGAUGUGUUUUGAUUUGUUUUAAUUUUCAAUUUUUUUCUAUCUAUCAAUUUACACAUAGAGUAGUUUUACAAUCAUGAUUUCAGUUUUUAUUAAUGACAAUAUCUUUUUUAAUUUCAGAAAGAUUUAUUAAUUAUUUAUGAUAUAAAAUUAACUUAAUACUAUGUUUAAGUCAAAAAGUAAAAACACAUUGUUAGCCUACCUCAUACUAAAAAUGUAGGUGUAGCUACAACUACCAAUGUGUUAAAUUAUUGAGAUUGUACUGUAAUAUUUCAAGUUCUAAGCUAAGCUAAAAUUGGUUUGUAAAUAUUUAUUAUACUAAGGUGUUACAAGAAAUGUUUUAAUGUUUUAGCUAUAAUUUUUUUUAAUAAUAAAAGUCCAAA